ACAGAGGUACGCUGCGAAUGGCGGAGACGCUGAGGCGGGUGCUCAGCUCAGGCAGCGCGUCUGGGACCGGGGAGGGGAACACAACUGAGGUCGGACCGCCUUUGCUGCUGCUCGGUGGCCCAGGCUCUGGAAAGACAGCGCUGCUAUUCGCAUCGGCCCUGGAGGCGGCAGGGGAGGGUCGAGGCCCAGUCCUUUUCCUGACCCGGAGGCCUUUGCAAAGCCUGCCGCGCGGGACUAGAGCCCCUCUCGAACCGCUGCGGCUACAGAAGAUCCGCUUCCAGUACCCACCCUCAACCCGUGAGCUCCUCCGGUUCCUGUGCUCUGCCCAUGAGGCCCGGGGGCCAGUCCCCUCUCUCCUGCUGCUCGACGGCCUGGAGGAGUACCUAGCAGAAGACCCCGGGACCCAGGAAGCCGCCUACCUGGCUGCCCUGCUUCUGGAUACAGCUGCCCACUUCAGCCAGGUUGGGCCUGGCGGGGGCUGUGGGCUCAUUGUGGCCCUCCAGACCCAGGAGGGAGACAGUGAGGAUGCCCUGCAGCUUGCGCUGCUCCAGAGGUAUUUCCCUGCCCAGUGCUGGCUGCAGCCGGAUGCACUGGGCCCAGGUGAGCACUGCCUCCGAGCCUGCCUGGAGCCAGGUGGGCGGGGCCCUAGGGCAGAGUGGUGGGUGGCUUUCCGACCAGAUGGAGAGAUGACAAUCACCCCAUGCCCCCACCAGCCUAGUGACCCCAGCUCAGACAAGGGUUCAAGCUCUGGAGGCCAGCCUUGAGCUUUGGUGUGUGACAACCUCUCUGUGCCUCAGUUUCCCAUGACUGGAAUACCUACCUCAGGGACAUAAGCAGAUUCAAAGACCUAAAGAUUAUAAAGUCCUUUUUUCUGUUGUAAACAUAGCAUUUUCAUGUCCAUAUUGUGCCCAGUUAAUGUGUUGUUUAAUUUUGCUGUUUUGAACUUUAUAAAAAGAGUUUCAUGAUAAAUGUAAUCUUCUUAGACUUCCUUCUUCACCUACUCGGCAUUGUCACUAAGAUUGGGCCACAUUUUUUCACUCACUCCUUUUUCCCUACUGCAUAUAAUUCCGUGGGUGACUAUACCCCAAUUUACUCAUCAGUUUGGCUUAUUUACUGCUAUUAACAUUCUUGCAGACAUGUCCUGGUUCAUGUAUUCAAGGGGUUUUAGGGUAGAUACCUAGAAGUGGAAUUGCUGGAUAUGUUCAGCUUUCCUAGGUUAUGUGAAACUUUAAAAAAGUGGUUAACUCAAACUCCCAGUUCUAGCCACUUGAUGACAUUUGGUGUCAUCAGAGUGCGUUCUUAGAACAGGGCUGAUUCAGAAUAAAGCCUUAUGAAUGCA